AUGAAGCCCGAAGACACAGCAGAUCCCCCACAUACACCAACAGCACCACCAGCAGCAUCAGCAGCAGCAGCAGCAGCAUCAGCAGCAGCAGCAGCAGCAGCAGCAAGGGCCCUCUGGCUGGCUCUGGCGGCGCAGCAGCAAGCAGCAGCAGCAACAAGUAACAGCAGCGAGCAGCAGGGCAGCAGCAGCAGCAGCAGCAGCAGCAGCAAGCAGCAGCAGCAAGCAGAAGCAGCAACAGCAGCAAGUGUCUCCUUUUUUGCUGCUAGGCUGGCUCCAAUAAGCCACAGCUCCUCCCAGCAUCGAGCUGUCUGUACACGGGCAGCAGCAGCAGCUGCUUAUUCUCUUCUCCGGCAGCAGCAGCAGCAGCAGAAGGCGACAGAAGGAGAUGCAGCAGCAGCAGCACCAAGAGGUACAACAGCAGCAACAGGAGACGCAACAGCAGCAGCCAGAGGCACAGCAGCAGCACAGGGAGAUACGGCAGAUACAGCAGCAGCAGAAGAAAGUAUAGCAGAAGCAGAAGAAGGAGCUACAUCAGCAGCAGCAGCAACAGAUACAGGAGCAACACCAGCAACGGCAGCAGCAGCAGCAGCAACAGCAGCAGCAGCAGCAGCAACAGCAGCAGCAGCAGCAGUAGCAGCAGCAGCAGCAGCAGUGCUGACGCCUCUUUGUGCUGCUGCAGGUGCUGCUGCAGCACCGCUGUCUCUUCCGCAGUGUAUACAGCAGGAAGCAGCAGUAAAUAAGCUGCUGGGGGUUGUCUCCUGCUCUCAUUUUGUCUCUGCUUUUACCGCGGGUUUGCUGCUCGAUCUAUGGGGACCCAGGUUUGCUGCUGCUGCUGGUGUUGCAGCAUCUGCUGCUGGCUGGGGGCUGCUUGCUGUCUCUUCUGUCUCCUUUAAUUGCUUCCUUCUUGCUGCUUUUCUUAUUGGUGCUGGUGUGGAGUCUUCAUUUCUCCCUUGCCUAUCUGUUGCUAAUCUCUUUCCUAGCAGCAGCAGCAAAAGCAGCAGCAGCAGCAGCAGCAGCAGCAGUGUGAUUGCGUUGCUGGGUUGCUGCCGCUCGCUGGCGUUUGCUGUCCCUCUUGUAUUCAGAGCCCUGGUGCUGCAGCAGUCUCUUUUUAGCUGCCAGCAGGUGCUGCUGCUUUAUGCAUGUCUCUUACUUCCUCUCUGUCUCCUUACCGCACUUCUCGUUCUCCCUCCUAAGCCCUUUCCGCAGCAGCAGCAGCAGCAGCAGCAGCAGCAGCAGCGGGAGAAGGAGGCUCUUGAAGAUGAGCCCAUAUUCGAAACGGCAGAGACAGCAGACAGCGCUGAUCUCACCGCAACAGCAGCAGCAGCAGCAGCAGCAGCACCAACAGCAAACCCAACAGCAGCAGUACAACCAUCAACAGCAGCUCCACCACCAGCAGCAGCAGGAGUAGGAGCAUUAACAGCAGCCCCAGCAGCACCAGCAGCACCACCAGCAGCAGCACCAGCAGCAGCAGGAGCAGCAGCAGCAGUACAGCGUGCUUGGGCUAGGAGCAGCAGCUGCUGCAGCAGCAGCAUCAGCUCUAGCAGCGGUUUCCCCCCACCUAAUGCAGCAGCAUCUAAGCCAGGAACUGCAGCAGCAGCAACAGCAGCGGCUGCAUCAACGCCACUGCAGCACCAGUUAGCGCUGCGACGGAAUAAGAUUUUUUACUCCAGCGGCAAGACAGCAGCAACCUUCUUUGCUGCUGCUGCAGCAAAGCAGCAGCAGCAGCAUCAACAGCAGCAGCAGCAGCAGCAACAGCAGCAGCAGCGGCUAAAGCAAGCUAAGCAGAGAAACGCGAGCCAAAUGCCAUUUAGGUUUGCCGAGAGGCAAAUGCUGCAGAGUCUCCUUUCAGCUGUCUCCUUCCGGUUGCCCUGUGUCUUCAUGUGCGCUGCUGUUGCUAUUGCUGCUCCUGCUGCUGCUGCAGCAACUGCUGCUGCUGCUACUGUUACUGCUCCAACUGCUCUAGCUGCAGCAGCGGCAGCAGCAGCAGCAGCAACAGCAGCAACAACAGGGUAUUAG